AUGAUGUGGGUUUUUCGCGAGUUUAUGUGUGGGAGCGAAACUACUGAUAAAUGGGCGUAUCAAUGGAAUCAAAGUUUACCAAUUUUCCCUGAGUGUGAAGUCAAUAUUGUGUUCCCUAUAGCCCUUGCUGGUUUCGCAGUUAUCACGUUUCUCCCCUAUAUUAUUUCACUCCUGGUUUCAAAAUCUAAAUCUAGUCGUUUAGCAUCUUGCUUAUACUUGUGUAAAUUGGACCUAACUUUUCUUUGUUUGAUUUUAAAUGCUAUUCGCGUCCUUUAUAUUGUAUCUGAAACAAGAGACUACUAUAUUGGAUCAUAUAUUGGUUCCUUGUCCAUUUCCGUUUCCUUGCUUUUAUACAUCGCUGUGCUGCAUUAUGAGCGCAAACGGAAUUCUUUAAAUUCAGCGGUUUGCUUCUUCUACCUAAUGUUACUGAAUUUUGUGUGGAUAUGCAGAUGUUGGAACCAUACUGUGUUUUAUAUAAAGCACUAUUCCACGAUUACACCUAUAUCAUCAACGAAUAUUACAACAACUGAUUAUAACACAUCUACUACUCUCCCCGCUGAAAAUUCUUCGAAUCCAGUUACUUGGAAACGUCACCAAUGCUUGAAAAAGAAUAAAGUUAUCCUAAUUGAUAAACAUUAUCCAAUAUUCAGUGUAAAUUAUGAAAGCGCUGAGAUUCAUGAAAAAGAUAUUUUGAAACAAUCAACCGAUAAUCAGGAAGAAACGUUCAAAGAUGAGAAUUUAGAGUUACAAAAGCUACAGGCAAAAUCUCCUGAAAAGGAUUGUUCAUUCUUAUCACGGAUAACCUACGCUUGGUUUACAAGGUUGAUUGUUAAAGGAUUUCGUAAACCACUGGAAUUCAAAGAUUUAUGGCGACUGGAUUCAGAACAUCGUUCAGCUAACCUUUCAAAAAUAUUCUUAGCCAAUUUAGACAGACAUAUAGUACCUAAAAAGACAGCUAAUUCCUAUCUUGAAAGACGUCGUACAUCCAUGGGGAACAGUGUUUGUGAUCAUAAUUUAGAAUCAUCAGAGAAUGAAUUACGGCGCAAGUCGGCACAGAGUAUUCUAGGCAUUGGUCUUCCCCAAUAUAACAAACAUUUAUACAAGUCUGGAUUAACAAAUAACUAUGUAGAUGAGACAACAACUGUUCGAAGAGCUAGUGAGGGCUUUUAUUUACUUAAUAAAGGAUCACUUGACAAAUCUUCAUCAUCUCUGCUUAACAGUAAUAACUGUGAUGUUAGUAAUCCAGAUCUACUUACACUGAAUAACCGUUUGGACCACAAGGUUGGAUCUACGCAUUUAACUGAUAUUGAAGUUCACUCAGAGUGUGAAGAUCCCCCAGUUAAUGCAAUUAAAGGUCAUGAAAAAGAUGCAUCUUCAAGACGAUCUGUACGCAUACGUGUUGGUCCAAAGCCGGAAUAUAUUCCAGAAUUGUCAGAGAGUCAUAGCGAUUCAAUGAUUUUUACUCCAGCAAAUGAAAACUCAGAGUUUUGCAUGAAGAAAGUCGGGAAUGAAACAGCACCGACUAACAAUAAUACUGUUUUAAAGAAUGACAAUCAGUCAGUUGAUCAGAAAAUCUCACCGUCUGAAUUCAAAACAAAGAGUGUAAGAAGUUCAGUUGAAUUCGAUGUAUCUGUGAAACCUCAGUCGAAAUUCAAACGUUUCCAUUUUGGUUUUGUAAAUAAAAGAAGAUUUGGUCUUAUAGGUGCAUUAUUCGCCACUUAUGGAAGAAGAUUACUGUGGUCAGCAUUUCUGAAGUUGUUGUACGAUAUUCUAGUGUUUGUAAAUCCUAUAUUAUUAAAGUUAUUAUUAAAAUUCCUACAGAAUGUUCAGUCAGAACCAAUAUGGCAUGGAUAUUUAUAUGCUAUAGCCAUAUUCAUUGAUACAAGUGUACAAUCACUUAUACUACAAUGUUAUUUUCAUGUUGUCUUCAGUCUUGGAAUGAAUAUAAAAACAGUGAUUACUGCAUCUGUCUACAGGAAAAGUCUGAGAUUGAGUAAUAAAGCCCGAUACAAGUCGACCACUGGACAGGUCAUGAAUUUAAUGUCAUCCGACGCCCAACAGUUUGUUCAACUAAUGCCAUUUAUAAACAUUUUGUGGUCAGGACCAUUUCAAAUAACAAUUUCCAUGGUAUUGCUUUGGAGAGAAUUAGGCCCUGCUGUUCUUGCGGGUGUUGCCGUUUUGUUACUCCUGUUGCCUAUUAAUGUUCUGGUUGCGCGUCGAUCUAAAUUCUUUCAAGAGAGAAAAUCUGCAAAUGCAGAUAGCCGAAUCAAGCUAAUAAAUGAACUGAUGAGUGGUAUACGAGUUUUAAAACUCUAUGCCUGGGAACCAUCAUUCAUGAAGGAGAUUAGUCGUAUCAGAAAUCUGGAAGUUAAAUAUUUACGCAAAUUCACAUAUUUACAGUCUAUUUCAUUUUUAUGGCACUGUUCGCCAUUCCUGGUGGCGAUUUCCAGUUUCGGGGUGUAUAUAUUAACUUCGGAGAAAAAUAUUCUGGAUGCACAGAAAGCAUUUGUCUCUUUAUCUUUAUUUAAUAUCCUUCGAUUUCCGCUAUUCAUGUUCCCGAUGAUCAUAAGCAGCUUAGCACAGUGUCAUGUUUCAGUUGGCCGUUUAAGUAAAUUUCUAGCCAAUGAAGAACUUGGUUCAGAAUCCUAUUCAAAAGAAGAUACACCUGGUGUAGCUGCAGUAAUUGAACGAGGAGUAUUUGGUUGGGAUCCGGAAGAUGAGCCCACGUUAACUAACAUAUCCAUUCAGUUUCCUGAAGGCCAGCUAACUACAAUCAUGGGUAGUGUUGGUUCUGGAAAAUCGAGUUUAUUGCAUGCCUUACUGGGUGAUAUGGAAAAUUUCAAUGGGCGAGUUAAUGUUAAGGGUACAGUGGCCUUUGUCCCUCAGCAACCAUGGAUAUUUAAUUCCACCCUUCGGGAUAAUAUUCUUUUUCAUCGUCAUUAUGAGCCAGCUCGAUAUCAAAAAGUGUUACAUGCUUGCAAUUUGAUCCCAGAUCUGGAAAUGCUGCCUAAUGGAGAUUUGACUGAAAUUGGAGAUAAAGGAAUUAAUUUGUCCGGUGGACAAAAACAACGUGUAAGCUUAGCUAGAGCGUGCUACGCCGAUGCAGAUGUAUAUCUUCUGGACGAUCCAUUAUCAGCUGUUGAUGCACAUGUGGGAUUACACAUACUUACCCAUGUAUUAAGCCGUUCUGCUGGUUUGCUGGCCUCCAAAACAUGCAUCCUGACCACCCAUAGUCCUAAAGCUCUUCCAUUCUCCGAUCGUGUUGGCCUUCUUGUUGAUGGACAGUUAGUUGAACUGGGUAAUUACAGGCAGUUAAUGCAUUCACAAACAAGUCGUUUAUCUGCAUUUUUGGUGACAGCUAUACGUGCUGAGUCCGAGAAUCGACCAGAUUCACCGAAAGACAUAGUAGAUGGCUCAUCAGUUGGACAGACGGAAGAUGUACAGAAAGCAAGUAAUAUAUUCCUUAAUACUGACUCACAAGAGCCACUUUCAUACCUGUCUGUACAUUCAAAUCCAACAUCUCAGCUUCGUCAUAGAACUCAAUCGGAAACUCACAGUAUAGAUCGUAACAGUAAUAUACGAUUUUCAAACUUAACUUCAACAACAAUGUCUCAAAAAUCAGAAAGAUCAUCUAUAGCAGUUACUGAAAAGAAACAUGUGUCUGAAGAAGAGCAAAAACCUGAACCACAUACAGGUCAACUAGAGAAAGCUCUAACUGGUCGAAUUAAAUUUCAGGUGUUUUUAACAUAUUUCAAAAAUAUUGGUCUCUUUUAUGGUUUAUUAAUGCUAAUAUUUUACCCGGCUAAUCAUGUUACAUCACUGGGAGGGAAUUUGUGGUUAGCUGAUUGGUCGAAUGAUGCUAUCAACUAUCGAAAACUAACUGAUCGUCUGCUGAAUGCAUCCAGUUGGAUAGGACCAAUAAACGACUCACAAUAUGACAGUGAUAUACAACAGUUUUAUGCUCAACGUAAUUAUCGACUUUCGAUUUAUGCACUACUUGGAUUUGUUCAAGUUUUGUUUGCAAUGUGUUCCUUGUAUACUUUGGCUAUUGGUCAUUUGGGAUGUGUUGUUCGACUGCAUAGUCGACUAUUGAGCUAUGUGCUACAUGCGCCAGCGACAUUCUUUGACUUAGUACCUCAUGGUCGUAUUGUCAACAAAUUUUCGCAAGAUAUUGCAACACUGGAUAAUCCUUUAAUGGUAACACUCAACAGUACACUGAACUGUGCACUGACUUGCUUUCUGACACUGUGUAUUGCUUGUACACUCAAUGCAUUCAUGAUCAUCCCAAUUUGUCUACUUACAAUAAUCUACCUUUUAAUUCAGAAUUUAUAUGUAACCAGUUCAAGGCAACUGAAGCGUCUAGAAUCAAUCAGUUUAUCGCCGAUAUUUUCACACUUUUCUGAAACACUUUCUGGUGUUGACAGUAUCCGGGCAUAUAAACUAACUGAGACGUAUAAAACAAUCAGUUCUACUCGACAAGAUUUAAACAAUUCAGCAGUUUAUGCUUCAAUGGUAUCUCAGAGAUGGCUAGCAGUUUUGUUAGAACUUGUUGGAAAUUUAGUUAUCUUAGCUGUAGCUAUACUAUCAGUUUCUGCUCAAGGCUAUCUAUCAGCUGGUUUCUCCGGUUUGGUAAUCACUUACGCGUUAAGUUUAAAUCAAACGUUAAAUUGGCUUGUACGUAUGUUUUCAGAAUUGGAGACAAAUAUUGUCUGUGUUGAACGAAUACACGAAUAUUCUUCUAUAGAACAAGAGGCACCAUGGGAAUUGGAUUGUAAAUAUUUACCAGCUAACUGGCCUGAAGGUAGAAUUGAGUUCGUCAAUUAUUGUACAAGAUAUAGGCCCGAGUUAGAUUACGCCCUACGAUCAAUUAGUUUCACGGUUGAAAGAGGCGAAAAAUUGGGCAUCGUUGGUCGUACAGGUUCUGGGAAGUCUUCACUUGUACUUGGACUGUUUCGUAUGCUUGAAGCAGCUGAAGGUGAAAUUCGUAUCGAUGGUUUUGACAUCUCGAAACUGGGUUUACACGAUCUGAGAAAUCGGUUAACACUGAUACCUCAAGAUCCUGUUCUCUUCUCGGGUACACUGCGUUUUAAUUUAGAUCCAUUCAGUCAUUAUUCAGAUGACGAUAUUUGGAAGGCAUUAGAAUUAGCCAACCUGAAGCCAUUUAUAAAAGAAGCUAAUAAUGGUUAUCUUGGCUUAGAUAUGAUAAUUUCAGAAGGUGGAUCGAACAUAAGUCUUGGUCAACGACAGUUAGUCUGUCUUGCAAGAGCUCUACUUCGGCAUACAUCAAUUCUUGUACUGGAUGAAGCUACAGCUGCUGUGGACAUGUUGACAGACAGUUUAAUUCAAGAGACAAUACGUAAAGAAUUUUCAUCAUGUACUGUGUUGACUAUCGCACAUCGAUUGAACACUGUUCUUGAUUAUGACCGAGUCCUUGUUCUUGAAGAAGGUCAAGUUAAAGAACUUGACAGCCCAAAGGUUUUACUACAGAAUAAAAACUCAAAAUUCUAUACCUUGGCCAAAGAUGCACAUAUUGUGGAAUGA